ACUGCAAUAGCGCCCGGCGCCCAGGCGAGGGAGAGCCGCCGCGGCGUGGCUCCGUGCAGAGACGGGCAGAGAGAGUAGCGAAGGCUGGCUGCAGCGCUACUGUAGCGCCGCCGAACCGGAUAUCGUGCGCAACGUGUUACUGCUGUGCACAGGGAGAGACCCGCAAUACAGCCAGAGCAGCGGGCAAAGGCAUCGCGACUGAGCCCGGGGCUGACUGUUACGCACGGCAAGCACGGCUCCGAGACAGACCCUAUAUAAAGCGAGGCUCGCACACCGGCUCAAGAUUUGAAAGCAUCGUUUUGUUUGUCGAGAGAAGAAAUAUCUUCCUAGAGACUUACAGGAAGAAGAGAAGAGAGAGCGUUCACGGUUCCAGUGUGAUAGAGGUGCACAGGCACGCAGACCUCCUGAGGAGAGUGUGUGUUAAAGGGGGAGAGCGCGAGGAUGUCCCGGCGUAGCCAGCGUCUGGUCAAGGGGGGGUACUACCAGGGCGAGGACGAUGCAGCCAGCAACAGCUCCACAGGAUCAGCUUCAGGGAACCCUGUCUCCUACAGGGAGAGCCCAGUCAGGAUAUUUAAGAAGAAGAUCACCACCAAACGCCAGACACCCCAGUACUCCUCCUACAGCAACGCCUCCAACGAAUCACUGGCCAGCUACGCCAGUGAUGCCCUGGAGGAGCCAAUCAGAAACUGGGUUAGCAACGUGAGCAUGCGGAACGGCAGCCCAGGGGGUUCCAGGGGGAGCAGCAGAGACAAACUGCUCUCCUCUUUGGGGUCCACGAGCCCAGCCUCGGACCUGCUGCUUCCCUCCAGCCUCCCCUACAACAGCAACGCCUACAGUGGCAGAGAGCCAGCGACCAGGAAAGCACUGAGCGAGACCAGCAACAACCACAGCUCCACCUACGAGAGCCACGCGCCCCCCACCGACCCCUUCGGAAACUCCUCAGGGUACUCGUCAGAGGAAGACUACGUCGGUCGACAGCAGUCUGAUGCAGGUGCAGCCCGGGGAUUUGCUUUGAGUGAUGUCUUACUGUCACCAGGCAAGGUGGCUGGCAUGUUGUUCUGGUGGCUGGGGACGGCCUGGUACUGUCUGACCAGUGGGGCCUCAUUGCUAGACGUGUUUGUACUGACCAGGCAGAGUCACUUCCUGAAGAAGGCUGUGGUGUUUCUCUUGGCUCUGCUCCUGGUUGGCGCUG